AGGCAGCUGGAACUUUGCAGUGGGGGGCGAAGAACUGAGGCCUGGAUCUAGAGAUCUGAAGGCACCCCAACCCCACCAUCUCUCAGCUCUGGAAGCCCCCCUCUCCUCUUUGUCCUACUGAGUUCAGAGGACAGAAAGCCCAAGAUGUGAUGGUCCUGCGCCUUUCUCAGGGAAGAUUCAUGACCCGCUCCCCCCCCAAACGUUAAGCAUUUGGCCUGUUUCUCUCUUUCACCCUCUCCCUGGAACAAGUAAAUCCACUCCCACAGCUGAAGUCACAUCUUAACUCUAAUGACACAGGCCCCUGUGUCCCCUACCGAGCCCUAAGAUUCCUUCUGGGUGUCUCCAGACAGAGCUGUCUUUCUGCCCCCCGCCCCCAGCUCUUCUCUCCAAUGUUCUUCGUAUCACUCAGGGUCAGUCUGGUAUCUGUUGAGCGUCCUACUGCAUGUCUGGCACCGUUUGGGGCCCUGAGGUCCCAACAGUGAACAAAGCAGCAGCAGGUUUCCAUUUCCUUCCUGCCUCAUGGAGCUGAUAGUCUAGGAGGAGAGAGGGCCAGUGAACAUGUAACAAAUCAUCAGGACAAUUUCAGGUCCUGGCAAGUGCUGAGAGGCUGGCAGUUGUAGAGGGAGGCAAGGGAAGGAGAGGGACCAGGAGGCGCUCUAGAAAAGGAGGCCAGGGAAUGUCCCUUGGAGGUCAGUUUUGUGCUGACUUCAAAGAAGUGAGAGAGCAACUCCUUGGGUUCUAUUUGGGAAGAGCAUUCCGGGCAGAGGCAAUAGCCAAUGCAAAGGCCCUGCGGCAGGUUGGAGACUGGCCGAUUCUGGGGAACAGUGAAGAGAUGGGUGUGGCACACAGCCGAGUGAGCCAGAGGGGCUGGUCCCUGCAGGGCCUUUUUGACCAUCAAGGAGGCUGGCUUUUGUCCUAAAUGAAAUAGGGAAGAUGUUCAGCAGGGGGAGGCAAGAUGUCAUUUAGCUGCUUCGAGGAGGGAGAAAGCUGUUGAAAUGGCCAGGGGAAGCUAUGUAGUGACCUGAACCAGGCAGCACCUGCCGAGAUGGAGGAGAGAGGGCAGGGCCUGGAGCAUCUUCAUCAAACAAAGGCGCAGCUGGGGAAAUGGGGGUGGCUGUGGGCCAGCCCUGUGCCUGUCCUCUCUCCCACUGCAGAACCUGCAGACCCAGGGCUGGCCAUGAAGGUUCUGCUCCUCACCGGGCUGGGGGCCCUGUUCUUCUCCUACUAUUGGGAUGACAACUUUGACCCUGCUGGCCUGCAGGGAGCCCGAGUGCUGCUGACCGGGGCCAGCGCAGGCAUUGGGGAGGAGCUGGCUUAUCUCUACGCGCGCCUGGGCGCCCACCUGGUGCUCACGGCCCACACCGAGGCCCUCCUGCAAAAGGUGGUAGGGAACUGCCGGAAGCUGGGCGCUCCCAAGGUCUUCUUCAUCGCUGCGGACAUGGCCUCCCCUGAGGUGCCCGAGCGCUUGGUGCGGUUUGCGCUGGACAAGCUGGGAGGGCUGGACUACCUCGUGCUGAACCACCUCGGCGCCACCCCGUCAGGCACGCGGUCCCGGAGCGUCCAGGCGACACGCUGGCUCCUACAGGUGAACUUCCUGAGUUACGUGCAGCUGACUUCGUUGGCGCUGCCCAGCCUGACGGACAGCAAAGGCUCCCUGGUGGUCGUGUCCUCGCUGCUGGGCCAUGUGCCCACAUCCUUCUCCAGCCCAUACUCCGCGGCCAAGUUCGCGCUGGACGGCUUCUUCGGCUCUCUACGGCGGGAGCUGGACGUGCAGGACGUGAACGUGGCCAUCACCAUGUGUGUCCUGGGCCUCCGGGAUCGCGCCUCGACCGCCGAGGGAGUCAGGGGCGUCACGAGGGCCAAGGCGGCCCCAGGGCCCAAGGCAGCCCUGGCCGUGAUCCGCGGCGGCGCCACACGCGCCCCUGGUGUCUUCUACCCGUGGCACUUCCACCUGCUCUGCCUGCUCCGGGGUUGGCUGCCGCACCCGAGGGCCUGGUUCAUCCGCCAGGAGCUCAACGUCACCGCUGCCGCUGCUGCCUGAGCCCCCGGCCGUGGCACUCCUUCAUCUUCCCGGAGGGGAACCCUCCAUCCAGCCGCCCCAGAGUGGCGGCGACACAAACCGAGACACCUCUGAGCUGUUGACCGUGGCUCAAGACAGAGUCAUCAAGACAGAAAAGGACAACCGAGAAAGUCUACCAGCCCCUGGAAACGGUCACAACUACGGCCGGGGUGACACGGUUGCUGCUUUCAUUUUGCAGAUGACAAGGCUGAGGCUCAGGUGGUGUGACUUGCCCAGGCCCCUGGCCAUGUCAAACAGGGCUCCCUGGGGACCCUGUCCAUCUCCCACCUGG